AGUGCCGCGUUUUGGUGGGCCGCGGGGCUGGGCGCCGCCCCUCGCGGGGUGGGGGGGGGGGGGCCCGCCGGCGCAUGGCGACGCGCGGCGGCGCCCGCGCGUCCAGUGGCAGCGGCUGCCAUGCCGCCGCCACGGCGCGGUCUGCAGUGUUUCGUCCCGCUCGCGGUCGUCGGGGCGGUCCGAUUGCAGGUCAUGGUGACCAGCAGGUGGGAGUCCGCGUGGCGCCGCCACACGCAGCGGCGCGCGAUCCGCGGUUGCCUGCCGCCGGCGGGUUCGGGGCACGAGGUGGAGCUCCUGUUCUUCAUGGGCGACCUCAACGGCACCGAUGAGCAUCUCGCUCGGCGGGAGCAGGAGGAGUUCGGCGACCUCGUCCUCGUCGGCGGGCCCGACUCCGACCCGCCCGUGCCGCGGGACGCCACCUACGUGCUGGACCGGCCGGCCGCCCGCGCCUACCGCGUGGCGCACGGCAGCCGCUGGCUAGCCGAGCACAGGCCG